AGUAAAAUAUGUGUUCAGAAACAACAAACGAUCACAGUCCCGUGUUUAUAUGAUCAGAAAUAUGCUAAUCACCCCAAAUACAUGAGUCGUGGAGGUGUUUGGCUCUUCAGUGGUUGCGUGACACACAGCAGGAUGUCUGUUGAGGAUGAUCCAGCAGUAAAAGUGUUUACGGCGACACUGAGAGAAGCUGAAGUGAGUGACUCCGGCUGGUACUGGUGUGCUGUGAGCGUGUCUGGAUCUGAUCCUCACACAUAUCUCUACCUGCAGGUUACUGAAGCAGAAGCAGGGCUCCGUGUCUCCAGUCAGACUGUGUCAGGUUAUGAGGGAGGUAACGUCACGAUCCUCUGUCACGGCGCUUCACACUGGUGUACGAUCAGAGGAUCUUGUGCGGGGAGAGAUGGACGAUCUCUAGAGAGGACUGCGCUGCGUGAUGAUGACGGUUCUGUUCUGAGAGUGACUCUGAGGCAGCUGCAGACACAGGACAGUGGAUGGUAUUUCUGCUCUAAUGAGGAUUCACAGAUGCCUGUUCAUCUUACUGUGAUGGAGGCCCAAGAUAUUACACAGUGUACAACUAACCCCUCUUAUAGCAGCACACCACCCAGUGCAGACAGACAGUUCCUGUGGCUGCUGCUGCUGGGAGCGAUGCUGCUGAUUACAGUCUGUGCAGCUGUGAUGCUGAUCAGAGCAAGGAACACCAGAAAACAAUCCGCAUCUGCAGAAAGCUCAAAUCUACACGAAGGCAUGGACAAACAACAGCUGCCCAAAGAAACUGGGAAAAACAGCGAAGCUGCGUCUGAAAAUCUCUAUGAAACCAUGACUGGAAUUAAACAAAACACUCAGGGAAAUAGGAAAAACAAUGAGAUUGCAUGUGAAGAUCUCUAUGUAACCAUGACUGGAAUUAAACAAAACAAUCAGCUGACUGCAGAUAAUAAAAACAUAUAUGCAUCUAUGGUCAGAAAAGUGAAAAAGUGA